AUGCCGCCAAAACCUCCCGACGAGAGACUCAAACUCCCGACGGCGAAAUGGGGAGCUGCCUGUGCCGCUUGCGCCACGGCAAAGGCAAAGUGCAUCCGCUCCAACGAGUCUUUGGGGUCAAAGUGCGAUCGCUGCGAGAGACUGCUCAAGGAGUGUACCGACCAGAUUCAUCGCCCUCGAAAGAAGAGACAACCUAAGCCUUCGCGAACCGCGCAGAUCGAAGAACGACUCAAUGGCCUCGUCAGCUUACUCCAGGCGUCUGGUGAGCUGCCCCAGAAUGGCCAGUCUCAAACCACACCUGGCAGCGGCGACAGCUACGACGCUGAGGGAUCCGAGCCGACACCAUCUUCGCCUAUAGCUGUGGCAAAUAGCCCUCAGGUGAAGAGCUGGUCGAUCCCGGCUACUUACAACUCAUAUGCUCAACAAAACUGUAUCUGCCGCCCGGAUCCUGGCCCAGCCCCUCCCCCUCCAGCUUCAGACGAUGCUCUCCUAGAGAUUUACAGGACUCAGCUACAGCCGCUACAUCCAUUCGUCAUUGUACCUCCGACAGUGACGGCAGCAGAGCUCAAUGCAGAGCGACCAUUCCUCAUGUCCGCCAUUCGCAUGGUCUCCUCAUUUCAGAGUCUGCGUUCAAUGCGCGCGCAAAUGUACAACUUGAUGAAGCACAUUUCCGACCACAUGCUUAUCCGCUCUGAGCGCUCGCUGGACUUGCUGCUCGGGCUUGUUGUUAUUUCUGGCUGGUACCAGUAUCACUGCUUCGCUCACGCCCAGCUACAUAACCUUCUUGCGCUCGCCAUCUCCUUGGCUGGUGAGAUGGGCCUCAACAGACACCCACUCAUUCACGAGGGCACUCGCAUGAUGGCCGCUCAACCCCCCGUCUCGAACCUUCGCAGCAACGAAGAGCGCAGAGCGUUCCUUGGCGUCUGGUAUCUAGCUUCAUCCAAAUCUAUUGUCUUUGGAAGAAUUGAGCCCAUGCGCUAUACCUCCUAUGUCCAGGAGUGCCUCAAGACCCUCGAAGCUGCGUCCGAGUACGAAAGCGACUUGACGCUCGUCUUCCUUGUGAAGAUCCAGUACUUGACACAGCGAAUUGCCGAGCUCAACCCUACCGAUACCACCGUUGAAGAAUUCACCUCGAUACCCAAGGCCCCGCUGUCUGCAUAUGUUGCUGCUUUUCUAAGCGAGCUUGAUAAGCUACGUGACGGUCUUCCGGAGCGUCUCAAGGAGUCUAAAAUUGUCCAACUUUAUUUCAACACAGCCAAACUCCGCCUCUACGAGCCUCCAGUCGUUGACAAGGCGCUCAUUUCGUCUCUCACCGAAGCCUUCACAUCUAACACCCACGGCGCCGGCACUCCUCUCGAUCGCCUGUACAAUACUAGUGCAGCCGUGACCGCAUGGUUCGACACCUGGCUGGCAGUUCCUGUCUCUUCAUAUUAUUGCCAGACGACGAGUGUGGCUGCGCAGAUCGUCUACGCUCUCACUAUGCUCGGCCGCUGGGCUCAGCUCUCGACACCAAGACCCAAGCACGAAACGGAUCCCAGGCCACAAAAGCCUACAGAGGGUCUCUACUCAUUUGAGUUGGACCGCCGUAGCGCCAGCCGAGCUAGCCUGGCAGGCCUCUCACCUGAAGAUAAAGCACACGCUGUUCGCCCAGCUUUCAAGAGCGGCCAGACUUUGCCACCCUGUGAAGUCGACCCCGAUCUGACAGCAGCCGUCGCCUCUCUGCAGACACAGUUGCAGUCUCACCCCGGACUGGUAGUCAACAUCCCUGAUAUCCUGUCGACAAUCUGCAACCGCUUCGAGCAGGCCAACGCGACGUUCCAAAUCUCGUCCACCGACACAGGCAACAAGGACAACAACAUGUGGAGCAUGACAGCACUCAAGGUGCGCAUCACACGAGCCAAGCUGGAGCGCUGGGCUGAGAUGGUGUCCAAGGAGGGCGAGAACCACUCGCCUAGCCAGCAGCUCAAGGCCGAUAUGGACACAAGCAUGACAGACUGGGCAUUCCCACAGCAAGCUGCCACCGGACCGCUGCCCGAUGGCGUCUGGAACAUGAGCGCACCUACAAUGGAGCCUGACCAGAUGCAGAUGCCCAACAGCUACGGCAGCACCCCGUGGCGUAGCGACCUGUUGACGGGCGUAGAUCCCACGGUCUGGUUUGAUGGUUAUCUCGACUGGGGAGCUGUCAUUAUGAACUCUAUGGGUACGGUGCAGGAGAACGAGGUCUAUCCGCAGGCUGCGGCUGGUGUGAAUUAA